AGGGCGGAGGACAGGCGUUUCCUCCCGCGUGACAAACGCGGCGCCUCUCUUCGCUUCCCUCCUCCGAGACCCGGAGUACGGGCUCUGGUCCAUCUCCGCCCGGCGCUCGGCGGGCAGGGGGCGGGACUGGCUCGGGAUUGGCUGCCGCCGUCCGACCCCUCUCGCCGCCCGCCAGUCGCUGUUGCUCGCAGGCGCCUGCGCAAUGGGCCGGCCGUGGGGGGCGGGAAGCGCUUCGCGGCAGCGGAGCCCAUGUCGGCCCUGAGGCGCUCGGGCUACGGCCCCAGUGACGGCCCUUCGUACGGCCGCUACUAUGGGCCCGGCGGAGGCGAUGUCCCGGUGCACGUCCCUCCGCCCUUGUACCCUCCGCUUCGGCCCGAGCCACCCCAGCCUCCAGUUUCCUGGCGAGGGCGCGGGGGCGCCCCGGCCGAGACCACCUGGCCCGGAGAAGGCGCAGGUGGCGAUGCCUACUACCCCUCGGGAGGCGCCUGGGCAGAGCCGAGUAGAGCGGGAGGCGGACACCAGGAGCAGUCACCAUAUCCUGGCUAUAAUUCUAACUACUGGAAUUCUGUGCGACCAAGGGCCCCGUAUCCAAGUGCAUAUCCAGUAAGACCAGAGUUACAAGGCCAGAGUUUGAAUUCUUAUACGAAUGGAGCAUAUGGUUCACCAUACCCUCCUGGUCCUGGACCAAAUACUGCCUCAUACUCUGGGGCUUAUUAUGUACCUGGCUAUACUCAAAGCAGUUACUCUACAGAAGUUCCAAGCACUUACCGAUCCCCUGGUAACAGCCCAACCCCAGUCUCUCGUUGGAUAUAUUCCCAGCAGGACUGUCAGACAGAAGCACCUCCACUCAGGGGUCAGGUUCCAGGAUAUCCUGCUUCACAGAACCCUGCAAUGACCUUGCCCCAUUAUCCCUAUGGGGAUGGUAACCGCACUGUGCCACAGUCAGGAGCAACUGUACGACCACAAGAUGACGCAUGGGCUUCUGGUGCUUAUGGGAUGGGGGCCCGUUAUCCCUGGCCUUCAGCUGCACCCUCAGCCCCACCUGGGAAUCUGUACAUGACGGAAAGUGCUUCACCCUGGCCUGGCAACAGUUCUCCUCAGCCACCUCCUUCACCACCACCCCAACAACCUAAGGAUUCCUCCUACUCCUAUGACCAGUCAGGUCCAGGCAUGAACCGGCACAGCUUUCCUUGCAGUGUCCAUCAGUACGAAUCUUCGGGAGCCAUGAACAAUGAUAAUUCAUACCUUUUGGAUUCUCAAGUCCAGUAUAGUGCUGAACCUCAGUUGUAUGGUAAUGCCGCCAGUGACCAUCCCAGCAAUCCUGUUCAGAGUAAUAAUCUCCCUGAAGAGUGUUUCUCUUCAGAUGAAGGCACGCCUCCAAGUAUUAAAAAAAUCAUACAUGUGCUGGAGAAGGUCCAGUAUCUUGAGCAAGAAGUAGAAGAGUUUGUGGGGAAAAAAACAGACAAAGCUUACUGGCUUCUGGAAGAAAUGCUGACAAAGGAACUUUUAGAACUGGAUUCUGUCGAGACUGGGGGCCAGGACUCUGUCCGUCAGGCCAGGAAAGAGGCUGUCUGUAAGAUCCAGGCCAUACUGGAGAAAUUAGAGAAAAAGGGAUUAUGAAAUAAUUUGGAUUGAAGGGUUAACCUGUUACUAAUUUGGCAAAGAACUCUUGAAUUUGGUUAGUUACCAUCUUUUAAAUGCCUGUUGUGACAAGAAACAACACAGUCCAGCUUCUGACUUCAAACUGAAGGAAAAGAAAUUGAAAAGCUGACAGAAGAGUGGAAGAACACAGUACGGGAUUCUUUUUGGUUUUCAGAUGACUGAACAUAAUACGAUACUGGAAUUGUCAAUGUUGCCAAGUAGACCUGCUCCUUAAGAAAUCCAUGGGCAUCUCUAGGCUGCUUCUUAUCAACAGGAGGGAAAUAGACUUUAUGUAACAGGUUAUCAGUGCAUAGUCUGAGACAAGCAGGCUGUUUUGUAAGCAUCCAGACUGUCACAUUUUUGUGCAUUGUGACUGCAUAUACUUAUGUGUAAAUUAUAGCUUAGACUCUUGGACCUCUGUUUUAUUAUCUGCAGUUCGCAAAUGUAAUAUUAUUCUACUUGGUACAUUUUGUAGUAAUAUGUUUAAUAAUCAAAUACUGGCAGCCAGAUAAAUAGGCAGUUCUGAUCGAAUUCAUAUCCUUUCAGCCUUGAAUAUAUUGCAGUGUGUAGUGGGCUCCUGAAGUCAAUCACUUAUCUCCUUGUGUAGCAUGUUAUGUUAGUGUUCUUCCACUUCUGCUUUUCACAGUAGUCAGGAAGGUGAUUUUGGGAAUUACAUUAACAUAGAAUCACUAUGUUUGUGAAUAUUUUACUUCUUUGCUUUUUUGUUAUAUUUGGAUAAAGAUCCAGUUUUGAAAUUGUUUUUUU